AUGCCGUCCCUGUCGUCGUCGUCGUCGGUCCUUCGUCUCUACCGUGAGAUGCUGCGUAGCGCUGCCAAGCUCGAGAAUUACAACUUUAGCCACUACGCCUUGCGCCGCAUCAAGGAGGAGUUCCAUACAAACAAGAAGAUAAAAGCGGACAGCACGGAACAGAAACAGGCGCUCGAGGCCGCGCGCCAGCAGGCGGACAUGCUCCACCGUCAGAUGGUCGUGUCAAAACUGUACCCACCGCUCGUGAAGAGUGUGAUGGAAACGCCUCAGUAG